AUGGAUAAUCCUAGUCAGUGGACAAUUCUAUUUAAGCAAGAGGAGGGCUCCCUAUGCCAUGAUCCAGAAGGCUGGGGACCCUUCUCAGACACUCGAGUACCAGACUUUACACCAUGUUUCGAAGACAGUGUGGUAAUGCUCGCACCUGCGGCAUUCCUUAUUGUCUUUGGUCUGGUUCGUGUCUGGACUCUAUCAAAACGUGAAUCUUUACCCGCAGAUUAUAUCCGCAACUGGCUUUAUUACACCAAAUUGACUUUCUUGGGAGCCUUGUUUGUUACUCUGGUAACCCAAGCUGUCAUCACAUUUUCCAACGGCAGCAUCCUUAAUGAUGCCCAAAAAUUAUCCCAAAUCGUACAAAUCUUGGUCCUUGGAUUCGCUACUGGACUUCAUCAAUUAGAGUACACUCGUAACCGAAUUCCAUCAGCCGUCCUGUUAUUCUACUGGCUAUUUGUCCAAUUUGCCAAUGCCACCAAAUUACGAACACUUUUGCUACUCAAGUUGAAUGAGAAGAACUCUACACAAUUCGGUCUUUUUGUAACCAUCUCUGCCCUUUCACUUUUCAUCUUUAUUCUCGAGAAUAUCAAGAGACCAAAAUCCCAGUACAUCAUGUUGGAGGACGAUGAGCAUGAAUGCCCGGAGUUGAAUUCUUCCAUCUUUGGUCGCCUUACUUUUGAUUGGAUGACACCCCUCAUGCGCUUAGGUUACCAGAAACCAUUGGUUAUGGAUGAUUUGUGGGAUCUUAAGCAUGACGAUCAGUCUGAAGUUAUUGGUAAAAAGUUCCAAGCCAACUGGGACAUUGAGAUGAAGAAAGAACAUCCAUCGUUACUUCGUGCUCUUGUAAAGUCACUUGGUGGUCCUUUCCUUUUGGCAGCCGUUUUCAAAAUAUUUCAAGACAUUUUACAGUUUACUCAGCCUAUUUUACUGCGCGAAUUGAUGGGAUGGGUUGCUAGCCACUCUGGUGAUGAACCUGAACCAGUCUAUCGCGGUGUCCUGAUCUCUGUCGCCAUGUUCGUUACUGCUAUCACACAAACAAUGUUCUUGCACCAGUACUUCCAUAGAUGCUUCUUGACCGGAAUGCGUUUGCGCGCAGCCCUGGUUACUACAAUUUACGCAAAGACCUUGGUGCUCAGUAAUUCUAGUCGCCAAAAAUCUACUGUUGGAGAAAUUGUCAACCGUAUGAGUGUCGAUGCCCAGCGAUUAAUGGAUCUGUGUACUUACUUUCACAUCGUAUGGAGUGGUCCUUUACAGAUUGUAAUUGCAUUGACUUUACUAUGGAAAACAAUGGGUCCAAGUAUCUGGGCUGGUGUAGCCAUUCUUAUCUUGGCAAUUCCUCUUAAUACUUUCCUGGCCAAAAAAAUGAGAAGCUUACAAAAGUCUCAGAUGGCCAAUAAGGAUGCCAGAGUCAAACUGAUGAACGAAAUCCUGAACGGUAUCCGUGUCAUCAAGUUGUACGCAUGGGAAACCCCCUUUUUGGAAAAGAUCAGCUUUAUUCGUAAUGAUCUUGAAUUGGCUACCCUCAAGAAGAUUGGUACUCUUUCAGCUGCCCAGAGUUUCACUUGGACUUCAAUUCCUUUCUUCGUAUCCUUGUUAACCUUUGCUCUGUAUGUCUCAAUCUCAUCCCAGCCUUUGACCAGUCAGGUCGCCUUUGUUGCAAUUGCGCUCUUUGGUCUUCUCCAAUUCCCAUUAUCCGUAUUCCCCAACGUCAUCACAUCAACUAUCGAGGCAUCUGUCUCUCUCUACCGUAUCGAAGAUUUCUUGUCUUCUGAAGAGCUGGACCCCUCCGCAGUACAACGCGAGGACUUCCAUUAUUUGCCAAACUGGACCCCCGAAAUCCCUCUCGUUGAAGUCCAGAACGGUACAUUCACCUGGUCUGAAAAGGAAACUCCUGUCCUGAAAAACAUCGAUCUCCAAGUUAAAAAGGGCCACGUUACUGCUGUUGUGGGACGAGUGGGAUCCGGAAAGUCAUCUCUGAUCAGCGCUUUGUUGGGUGACACCGUCAAGGUGAACGGCACAGUCACUCUUCGUGGCUCGGUGGCAUAUGUACCCCAGCAACCUUGGGUCAUGAACGCUACAUUACGUGACAAUAUUGUAUUCGGUCAUCGUUGGGACGGUGAAUUCUACGAACGCGUUAUUGAUGCUUGCUCGCUCAAGAGCGACUUUUUGAUGCUCGCUUCUGGUGAUCAGACCGAAAUUGGCGAACGUGGUAUCAACCUCUCGGGUGGACAAAAGGCUCGCGUUUCCUUGGCCCGUGCUAUCUAUGCCAGAGCUGAUAUCUAUCUUCUUGACGACCCCCUCAGUGCUGUUGACGCUCACGUUGGCCGACAUAUAUUUGAUCAUGUCGUUGGACCCAACGGCAUUCUGAAGAACAAGGCCCGUAUUCUUGUUACACACGGAAUUUCGUACCUUCACCAGGCUGACCAAGUUGUCAUGCUCAAGGAUGGUGUGAUUGGAUCCCAAGGAACCUUUGAUGAUCUGAUGAGCCAACGCUCUGAAUUGUAUGCCCUCAUUACUGACUUUGGAUCCCAGCUCAACAAGGACCAGUCUGGCGAAGUGCAGGAACAAGUUAUCGAAGACGACAUCACUGUGAAUGAUAUGGGACGUAGCGAAGAAGAGAUCAGCCUCAACCAAAGCAUCGAGAACACCGUACGUCGUGAGAGACUCAUGAGCACUAGCAGCAGUAACAGUGGCCUUACCUUGAGACGUGCAUCCGUAGUCUCUCUUCAACGCAAGGCAAAGGCAGCUGCUCGUGGCGAGGACGCCGGAAAGCGAUUGAUGACCGUUGAAGAAAGUGCAAAGGGAAGCGUCGAGUCCGAUGUUUACAAGCAGUAUGCAAAGUCAUGCUCGAUUGUCGGUGUCGCCUUUGUCUUGUUAUUCCAGAUCUUGGCCCAGUUCUCCCAGGUCGGAACCAACCUCUGGCUUAAGCAUUGGAGUAGCGACAACGAAGCAAGUGGAGGAAACGAUCAUGUAUGGAUGUACCUCGGAGUGUAUGCUAUCAUUGGUUGGUCAUCUACCAUUUUCACCGUAAUCCAGUCUCUCCUGCUUUGGAUCUUCUGCGCCAUUCGAUCAGCCAAGGUUUUGCACUCCAAGAUGCUUGAUACUGUAAUCCAUUCGCCAAUGUCCUUCUUUGACACUACACCACUCGGACGUAUCCUGAACAGAUUCAGCAAAGACCAACACACUGUCGAUGAAAUCCUUCCUCGCACAUUCCAGGCCUACUUCCGAGUCUUGUUCUCCGUAUUCUCCAUUGUAGUCAUCAUCUCAGUCUCGACUCCCUUUUUCCUGGUCUUGAUCAUCCCACUUGGUUUCAUUUACUCAUAUGUCCAGCGAUACUACCUUGCUACUUCUCGUGAGCUCAAGCGACUUGAUUCGGUCGGAAAGAGUCCUAUUUACUCUCACUUCCAAGAAACUAUCUCGGGUGUAUCUACUAUCCGUGCAUAUGCCCAGCAAGAUCGCUUCAUUUUCGAAAACCAGGGCAAGCUUGAUGACAACCAGCGCGCUUACUACCCCUCUAUUGCUUGCAACCGUUGGUUGGCCGUCCGCCUCGAGUUCCUUGGUUCUAUCAUUCUUUUUGGCUCGGCAAUCUUUGCCGUCAUUGGUGUUGUGUAUGGCACCAACUACGUCGAUGCCGGUCUGGUCGGUUUGAGUGUUUCUUAUGCUAUGAGCAUCACUCAGGCCCUCAACUGGGUCAUUCGCUCUUUCUGUGAAAUUGAAACCAACAUUGUAUCGGUUGAACGUAUUAAGGAAUACAUAGAGCUUCCUACCGAGAAGUACGACGCUGUCCGAAACGUCAACCCUCUUUGGCCCGAGAAGGGUGUGAUUGAAUUCAACGAUUACUCGACUCGUUACCGUCCCGGACUUGAUCUUGCCUUGAAGGGAUUGUCAUUUAACAUUGCGGCCAGAGAGAAGAUCGGUAUUGUUGGUCGCACUGGUGCUGGAAAGAGUUCAUUGAGUUUGAGUCUGUUCCGUAUCAUUGAGGCUGUCAGUGGUAACAUUGUUAUCGACGGUGUUGAUAUUGCCACACUUAGACUGUUUGAUCUUCGUUCUCGCUUGACCAUUAUUCCUCAGGACCCUGUUCUGUUUGCCGGUACUGUCAGAGAGAACCUGGAUCCCUUUGGUGUAAGCGACGACGCUCAACUUUGGGAGGCUCUCCAGAACGCCCAUCUUCACGAAUAUGUUUCCAAAAUGGAUGGCAAGCUCAAUGCAGUUGUGCUUGAAGGUGGUGAUAACUUUUCUGUCGGCCAACGUCAGUUGAUUUGUCUUGCCCGAGCACUUUUACGUCGUACAACUGUCUUGAUCUUAGAUGAAGCUACAGCUGCUAUUGAUGUUGAAACAGACUCUAUCAUUCAAGAAACUAUCCGUUCUCAGUUCGCCGACUGUACCAUCUUGACAAUUGCUCACAGAAUCAAUACUGUUAUGGACUCUGAUAGAAUUCUUGUCCUCGAUAAGGGCCAGAUUGCCGAAUUCGACGCUCCUCAGUCACUCUUGUACAAGAAAGACUCGAUCUUCUAUUCCAUGUCGAAGCAAGCUGGUUUGAUAGAGUAAUAUAAUAUUUAUUAUUCCCCUCUUUCCCCUUCCCCUACCCCCUUUAUCUUCUGCUUCAGGGAUCAUGAUCAUUUUUCGUUUUUUCUUUCUUCCUUUAAAGAAAUUAAUUUCUUCAUGUAAAACCCCUAUUGUGCAACAAGUACUACAUACACAGAUUAUUCAUAUUUUUGAAAAAUAUUUAAUUGCCUACAGUCUAAAUUUUGAAAAAUAAGUGCGUGCGUUUGUCUGUUU